AGAGCCUCUGAGCGCUCCGCGGGGAGCCCCGAUCCGGCCAUGCAAGUCCUGAAGAGCGCAGGCCGGCGCCUCUUACCCCUGCGGACCUGGGCCCGCACAUUGGGCGCCCGGGACCAUGCUCCAGGCGGUGCUCUCCACACCGGCGUGCCGAGGCCCCAGGAGGCGGUGGAGAAGACAGAGGCGGAAACAGAAGGAGAGCCGAGGGAUGCCCAGAAACCCAGCAGAUUCAGCAUCUUCCCUCCAUUUCCGGGUCAGGAGAGCUCCUUGACAUGGGGAGGCAAGAAAUAUGAAGAAAUCCCAGUAGCUCACAUUAAAGCAACAUAUAACAACACACACAUCCAGGUGGUCUCUUCCAGGAAUGAGCCACUUGCCCGAACCUCUUGUGGCACUGAAGGGUUCAAAAAUGCAAAAAAGGCCACAGGGAUUGCAGCACAAACGGCAGGCAUUGCUGCAGCGGCGAAAGCCGCAGCGAAGGGAGUGACCCAUGUCAGAGUGGUGGUGAAAGGCCUGGGACCAGGGCGCUUAUCUGCCAUCAAGGGAUUGACCACGGGGGGCCUGGAGGUCAUCUCAAUCACAGACAAUACCCCCAUCCCACACAAUGGAUGCCGCCCAAAAAAAGCCCGGAGGCUGUGAAGAAACCAGUUGACUGUCUUGAGACUUACUUCCAGUUUUCACCUUUAGAUUGACUUCAGAACAAUGCAGAACUGUUCCCCACAGGACAGAACUCAGUAAAGAUAAGUCAGAGACUUGACUGAUGAGCAAAAAUGAGAUGAUUUCCUCCCAUGUAUAGUGAUGUAUACAAGUACAUCUUUUGAAUGUAUGCAAAAGCUGCAGUGCUUAUCACUGUGAAGCAGUGCCUCUUUUGGACAGGAGGGGGUGCCACAGGCACACUUCUGGCAAGCAUCCCAGCUUGUUUUCUUUCCACAGCCCUGACAAAAUAAACUAUAGCUCACCAUA